AUGAGCAUAAGAUGGCCAAGACGAUUGACACCAACCUAUCUCUCUCAGAUUAUAAGAACCCAGAAAAACCCAAUAAAGGCUCUUCACAUUUUCAAUGAAGCCAAAUCCAGGUACCCCAAUUACUGCCACAAUGGUCCUGUUUAUGCCACCAUGAUCAACAUCCUUGGAACAUCAGGGAGGCUGACUGAGAUGAGAGAUGUGAUUGAGCAGAUGAGAGAGGAUUCAUGUGAAUGCAAGGAUUCUGUUUUUGUGUCUGUUAUUAAGACAUAUGCCAAUGCUGGCCAGGUAGAUGAAGCAAUGUCUCUGUACAAAACAAUUCCUCAGUUUAACUUUGUUGAGAGCUCUUGUGGUUGGGAAGUGAGGUCUCGGGUUCGAGCAUUGAACUUGCUUAUGUAUGCUCUUUGCCAGAAGAGUCGCUCUGAUUUGGCACUACAGUUAUUCCAAGAGAUGGAUUAUCAAAGUUGCUACCCUAAUAGGGACAGCUAUGCAAUUUUGAUGAAGGGAUUGUGCCAAGACAGGAGGUUACAUGAGGCCACCCAUUUGUUGUAUUCAAUGUUUUGGAGGAUCUCACAGAAAGGUAAUGGUGAGGAUAUUGUAGUCUAUAGAACUCUUUUGGAUGCUUUAUGUGAUGCUGGAAAACUUGAAGAAGCUGUGGAGAUUCUAGGUAAAAUUUUGAGGAAAGGACUGAAGGCUCCGAAGCGAUGUUAUAACCAUCCUGAUCUUGGCCGGUUCUUGGAUGGCAAACAUAUAGAAAGUGCUAAACAUGUGAUUCAUUUACCAAGCUUGCAUUCACUUUUUGACCCAAAAAAACUACAAGCAGGGCAUAAGAUUGCUUGUGGAAUCCCUGUCCUUUUGGAGAUUUCGAAAGAGGUGAGGUUAGGGUUAGAAUUGAGAAGACAGAGAGAGAUUGGGAAAAAGGGGAAGGUGGAAUUGAAAGGGUGGAAGAAGGAGGAAGAGAAGGAGGAGAAGGAGAAGGUGGUGAUGAGAAGGAACGCCAUGGGCAUAUGGGAGGAAGAGAGUUGGGGCAGAGGUUGA